AUGUCAGCCGAUCAUUCGAGAGAUCCAUGUCCUAUAGUCAUAUUAAACGAUUUUGGUGGUGCCUUUGCCAUGGGUGCUAUUGGUGGUGUUGUUUGGCAUGGGAUUAAAGGUUUUAGAAAUUCGCCAUUAGGUGAACGUGGUUCAGGAGCUGUGAGCGCGAUCAAAGCGCGUGCUCCUGUGCUGGGUGGUAACUUUGGUGUUUGGGGUGGUUUGUUUUCUACGUUUGAUUGCGCUGUGAAAGCCGUCAGAAAGAGAGAAGAUCCAUGGAAUGCUAUCAUUGCAGGGUUUUUCACUGGUGGCGCUUUGGCUGUGAGAGGUGGUUGGAGACAUACAAGGAACAGUUCUAUCACAUGUGCUUGUUUGUUGGGUGUGAUUGAAGGUGUGGGGCUAAUGUUCCAGAGAUAUGCUGCUUGGCAAGCUAAGCCUAUGGCUCCUCCUUUGCCUGAGGCUCCUCCCUCUCAACCUCUACAGGCUUAA